UUGCUUACCUUCAGUGAAGAGAGUAAUCGAGAAGCAGCCAGUUAAACUUCCGUGACAGCUUUCCAUGUCACGAAAAUAAUAUAGACAGGAAGUCCCCAGAACUAGAGUACUUAGGCCAGUUGACCACGUAACUAUAUAUAGAAGAAAACGAUCCGAUGAGAGAAAAGCUGUAAGUCUAGAGAAAACGCCAACCACCAUGUUGAGUUGUAUCGUAAUUGCUGCCGUGAUUGGCGUGGCUAUGUCUGCGCAGGAGCCCCCAAACUGUGCGUGGAAGCCGAGGGCCACAGUGAACGGCAUGUCAUGCUGUCUACGGGACUCUAUCCCAGGGUGCAGGUGUAUGAAUCCACCUGAGGAAAUCCCGGCCGACUCUGGCGCCCCUCUCUGUGGCCGUUCAGGUGGCGGCUGUCCUGCCCUGCAUCCACUGAUGGCUGUCGGGAUAUGUGCAGAAAUGUGUUCUGAUCACGCUGAUUGUUCCAGUGGACAGCUGUGCUGCAGCAAUGGCUGUGGCCACGUGUGUAAAGACCCAGAGCCCAUAGUGACAGUUGACAACUAUGACUGCCCUGACAUCCGCUGUCAGCAAGAUCUGGGCUGCGACGGAAGCAGCCUGAAGAGAGACAGCAAUGGCUGUCCAAUGUGCGAGUGUCAGAGUGAGGAAACGACCACUGUCGCCAGUGUGGACAAAACUUGUGUUGGAGGCAUGGUGUGGAAAGAGUGUGGAUCUCCCUGCACACGGACAUGCUCUGAACCCAGCCCGAUGUGCAUAGAGAUGUGUGCGCCGAAAUGCGAGUGUCCCAACGGUCAGGUGUGGCACGAGAAGAAAGAACAGUGUGUGGACAUGGCAGAGUGCAGUACAUCAGUGUGUACUGGGGGUCAAGAGUGGUUCGAGUGUGGAAUGAGUUGCACCGCGACGUGCGAUGAACCAAAUCCCAUUUGUAACAGGAUGUGUGCUGCGCGAUGCCAGUGCCCAAGCAGCAAACCUAUUUUCCACGAUGGCGUGUGUAAGGAGCUGAAGGACUGCCCAGGUGUGCAUUUAGUUCCAGAGCCUGAACCCACUGACCACUGUUCUGAGGGCUGCCCCAAAGGCCAGACAUGUCAACAACAACAGGUGCAGUGUAUCAGAGCCCCUUGUCCUAUGAUGUGGACCUGUCUACCUGAGCCUGAGAUGCCAUGUGCCAUGCCAAUGUGUGCAACUCGCUGCGAGUAUGGGUACGCACUGGAUGCACGCGGGUGCAUGACAUGUGACUGUCGCAGCACACCCCAAAGCAACUGCCCGGUUGAGCUCUGCGCAGACAGCUGCGGGUACACCACUGACGAGUACGGCUGUAAGAAAUGCACGCCCUGCACCGAGUGCCCAAUGCUCAAGUGCGUGCCGUGCAAGUAUGGUUACGAGAUGGAUGAAAACGGCUGCCAGACAUGUGAUUGUCUUCAGACUCCCCGCCGCCAUAUGUGCCCCAUGGUGAUGUGUGCCAAUCACUGCCCAUUCGGUCGGCGUGAGAUGGAUACCUUGAAGCACUGUACUGGCUGUGAGUGUGCAGGCCUUGACAUGUACGGGCUGAUUGGAGUGACCCUGGGUGGAGCCGUUCUCAUAGCCAUUUUAGUGAUUGUGACGGUGUGCUGCUGUAGAACAGCCAAGAAGAGACAAGGCAAGUACAACAUGAUUGUUGCAGCCAUGACCAAGCAGCCUGCCUAUGAGAAGAUGCGGGAGAACAGCGUCUCUUUCAAGGCAUCUGUUCCCAAGGAUGGAAGUGAGGCUGACAUCACCGUCAAAAAACCAGUCAGUGUCUAACAUAUCAGACAGUUAUCAGUGCAGCAUGUCAGUGCUUAUGCCAUCAAUUUAAGAAAAUGAAGAUAAAACAUUUUCAACGGUCAAAAAUGGCAGAGAGCAGGGUAGUGUAAAUAUAAUUGAACUGUAAAUAACCAAAGCAUUACAAACAUAAAAAGAUUUAUUCAGCUCCCGUCAAAAAAGCUCAGUUGGUCCUCGGUUCAGUUGAAAACAAAUUGAUCACAUGAAAAUGCUCAUUCAAUCUUUGCCACAAUUGUGGCAGUCUUUACUACAAUUGUGGGAACAGUGUUCACUUUUACCUGCUGAGGGCAGUUCUUUAAAAUGAUAACUUUGAUUAAUUUUGGAAAUGGGAGUCAUGCUGACAAACUCUGUCAUGUUCCACCAUAUUUGACAAAUGGUAGUCUUUAAGAUAAUUUUUUGAAGUUACCAUAAGAACAUGCUUUUUUCUUUCUCAAUAAUUAUGGACUUGAAUCCCAAAGGAUCUAAUGCUUAUUAAUACCUUGGAGUGCAUGUUCAAGUUUGGUACUUAAACAUGUUGUAAAAUGAAAAGCAAUACACCAAAGGUUUACACAUAACUGAAAGACCAGUUAGUGUUUUAAAUAGCUUUUCUCUUCUGCAUUGCUAUGGUACAGUAAAUACUGCCAUAAAAUGUAUUUGUAAACUAAUAAUGCUUUAUGCAAGAUUAUAUAUUCAAGAUAUUCAUACUUUUAUAGCACAAACUGCUUUUAUAACAUAAUGAAGAUCGUUUCUGCAAUGAUAUACAUUCAGGAUAUUCAUUCUUGUAUAUGUUAUGUACUUCACUUUCGUUGUGUGUAAAAGAUCAUGCAUUGUAUUAUUAUUAAUAUGGCUAACUUUUCGCGUGUAGCAUUCCAGGGUGAAGGUAUUUUUGUACUAGGGUAAUGCAAUUAUAUUUGUUAAAAUAAUGCAAAGUGCACCAAAGACUUUCUUUGAGGAGUCAAAAUAUUGCUUUUCUAAGUAAUCUAAAGUUUUUUACUACAUUAUUAUGGUUAUCUUUAUAUUUAUUUAUUUAUUAUUAUAUUUCAGUUCCAUUUUUUUUUUCUUUGUUCCUUAACCCCUUCUUUAUUUAAAAACAUAUUGAUUUCAUCUCCUAUUUAUUGGGAACCACCACUUGUUGAGAUGAAAAGUUCGACCAAGAAGAAAUUGUGUCUAAUAUCCUGAUACAGUCUUAAUUUUCAUGGAAGUCAAGGGCAAGAGGUCAUGGUACAAAAGUCAAGGUUGGAUCGACAGGGCCACAACUUAUGUAGUGUGUUUAGUAGUAAGUUCAGUGUAACUUUCACACUGGACUUUUGCUGUGCUAAAUGAGAGAAAAUCUGCGAAGUUUUCAUCUAAAAAGGUUGACAGAGCCCGGUGCUAAAGAUAAGGAAGUAUAACUGUGAUAUUUAUUUGUUAGAAAGUGGUUCUAGGAGGGGCUGUGGCAAAAUGGUUGUUUGUAUUAACAUAUUUACUGGAAUCUCAUCUACAGAAUUCCUUAUCUGUGUAUUACAUGUCCUGUAUGGGGUUAAAGGGUUAAGGUGAUUUCAGAUAUUAUGUGUAUUUCUUUUUCUCAGUCUCUCUAAUAUGUGAAGAAAUAAAAUUAAUACGACUGAGUCACUUGCCUAGUAACAAAUGUACAUUUUAAUACUUUAUUUGUUGUAAACAUAAUCCGCAUAUGCUGUAAACACUGCUUAAAAUGAAAUAAAAUUGGAUUUUUUCCAGA